CCUUCCCGUAGCGACGUGGGCUCCCCACGCUCUCCUUCCGCUAGGUCUGUUCUUCUGCAGCCUCAGAUGGAAGCUCUGAUCCUCCGCAGUGCCUCAUCGAGACUCCAGGGAACACUUUCCAGACUCCUUUUAGGUCUUCUUACCCAGACAAGGAAUAAUGAGAGUUCCCAGGGCUCAGUGCGUCCCUUACCUGCCGGUGGCCGGAUCCAAAGCUUAAAUCUCUAGUUCAAGCCUCACUUCCUGUCUCCCCAGAGCACUGGACUCAAGCCCAGAUCCCGCCCAAUCCGUCACUACAGUACUCAGGGUUACCAUGUUCCCUUGUUGGGCUCCAGGAUUGAUGUUUCCGGCGGUCCCCCGGGCCCUCUCCAGUGCCGGAACUAUUGUGCUAGAGCCCUGGUUUCCCCAGUCGGCUAAGUGAGAGUGAAGGGCAAGUAGGCUUAAAGGAAAGGGAGGGGCCUGCGCAAGGCAUUCUGGGAGCGCGUGGUAUUCGUGAGAGUCGGGCCGGUUGUUCUCUCGCCUUCGCCUUCUAACGUUUGUGCCAGAACCGGAAAAAAAAAAUAAAGCCUGCAGUUAAUUGCCUGGGAAGAGUCCUGCCAAGAUGUCUAUUGGUGUGCCGAUUAAAGUCUUGCACGAGGCUGAAGGCCACAUAGUGACAUGUGAGACCAACACCGGGGAAGUAUACCGAGGGAAGCUCAUUGAAGCAGAGGACAACAUGAACUGUCAGAUGUCCAACAUCACAGUCACAUACAGAGAUGGUCGAGUGGCACAGCUGGAACAGGUAUAUAUACGUGGCAGCAAGAUCCGAUUUCUGAUUUUGCCUGACAUGCUGAAAAAUGCACCCAUGUUAAAGAGCAUGAAAAAUAAAAACCAAGGCUCAGGGGCUGGCAGAGGAAAAGCUGCUAUCCUGAAGGCCCAAGUGGCCGCACGAGGGAGAGGACGUGGGAUGGGACGUGGGAACAUCUUCCAGAAGCGAAGAUAAUAUUCUCCAUUGAAGAGAACGUUGUCCUUUCUUCUCUUAGAUUAUUGCAGGGGUUUGGGGGGGGAGGGGGUAUUACAUGUGCAUAUGUCUUAGAAUUUCUUUUGAUAUUUUUCUUUUUUUCAGAGAAACUGUUAAGCUAAAUAAAAUUUGGUUGUUUUGUGGUU